AUGGCGAGGCUGGCGACGGUGGUGGUGCUCGCGGUCCUCCUGCUGGCGGCGGCGUCUUCGGCCCCCGUGGCCAGCGCCGCGCGGGACGACCCGGCGGCGGCGGCGGCCGUCUCAUCUUCUCAUGACCAGAAGCAGGGAUCGGCGGCGCCGGCGGAAGGCGGGUGCGAGGGCGCCAACGACGAGGACGAGUGCAUGAUGAGGCGCACGCUGAACGCGCACACCGACUACAUCUACACCCAGCAGCACCACAACUGA